AUGUCUGACACAGGGGAAAGCGGGAGUUCACACCGCCGAACCAAAUCUUCUGCCCUGUCGCUGCUGCGCAGGAAGGGCAGCGACGACGAUGCAUCGGCCGCCGACGAGGUUCCCUCUAUCAACGUGAGCACCUCCACACAACCCACAGAGGCUACAACAUCUCAGCCUUCUGGCACCACAAUAGCUUCCCAGUCGGUAAAGGGCCACAGUUCUAAGCUGUCUAUUUCUGGCGGCACCAUGGGACGUACUUCUUCUUCGAACACCCCCUCCAUCGCGGGGUCCCGGUCUCCCAACCCCCUGGAGAGGGGCCCCUCUCUGGAAUCGUCCGUCAGAAAGUUCCGCAUUGUCGAGGCUCUGCGCAACGGCGACACAGCUUUUAUUUCCAAGGCAAUCCGGGAGAGUUCGAGCAACAGCCCUCGCAUGAGCACUUCGUCGUUCUCCAAUUUUGGUGCUCUUGAAGACACCACCAUCCUGCACUUAGCCAUACAGUGUGCCGAGCAGCCCGUCGUGGAGUAUGUCCUUUCGGAUGGCGCGGGUACUCUUGAUGUCAAUGCGCGGGACAAAGAUGGCAAUACGCCGCUCCACAUUGCUGCCUCCCAGGGUCGCAGCCAGAUUGUCCGUAUGCUGCUUGACAACAAGGAUAUCAACGAUGCCAUCGCAAACCAUCAGGGCCGUCUACCCAUCGAUGUCGCACGGACGCCCGAAGUAUUUCAACAGCUGCAACUGGCGAGAUCAAUCUUUGCCGAAAACAAAGUGAGACAAGUGCAGGAUUUGAUUCUCCAUGGCGACCUCAAGGUCCUCGAGCAGGUGCUGGAGGAGCCGCGAUUCAAGGCCGUCCUCGACAUUAACAGCCCUGAGUUUGCUUCUGACCCUGCCACUGUUGAAACCGGUGGUACACUGCUGCACGAAGCGGCCAGGCGUAAGAACACACGCCUGAUCCAAGUCCUCUUGCUUCAUGGUGCCGACCCCUUCCGUCGUGACCGCAAAGGAAAAUUGCCGCAGGAUGUCACGAAGGACGAGAUAACGCGCGCUAUGCUGAAGAAGUCACCUGCCGCUGUCGCUGCCCAGCGGGGUAUCCAGGAGAAAGCCGUCUUGGGUUCCAUGGCCCAAGGCGCUACCACUCUGAACCCCAAUGAUCCCCUCGCUGGCCGGGAGGCCCGUGAAAUGAGGGGUUACUUGAAGAAGUGGACCAAUUACCGAAAGGGUUACCAGCUGCGCUGGUUCGUCUUAGAAGAUGGCGUUUUAAGCUACUACAAACACCAAGAUGAUGCUGGCUCGGCUUGUCGCGGUGCUAUCAACAUGAGAAUUGCUAAACUUCAUAUGAGCCCUGAUGAGAAGACCAAGUUUGAGAUCAUUGGAAAGUCGUCGGUGAAAUACACUCUCAAAGCUAAUCACGAGGUCGAAGCGAAGAGGUGGUUCUGGGCUCUGAACAACUCAAUUCAAUGGUGCAAGGAUCAGGCAAGGGAAGAAGAGAGACAACGCCAACGGAAUGCUGAGCUUCUUCGACAGGCAAAGGCUGAAGCGCAGGCCCUCUCUGAGGCAGCGAGCGAGAAUGCUAGUGUCACCGAACAUCCCCGCAACAGUAUUCAGCUCACGCGUUUGCAUUCAGGUCAACGUACGGGUGGAGCUGCCUCGACUGGUAAUGAGGAAGAGGAAUUCGUCGAUGCCGCCACAGACGCUGUGAAGGAUCGGUCUGGCGGCACUGUUCCUGAGGAUGCUGACGAUGAAGACGAGUACGGCGACGGUUCGAGUGACCGUGUUGCUCCUCCGGCGACUAAGGACGCUUUCAACAUCACGGCACAAUCAGCAAAGCUCCAACUCGAUACUAUGGCUAGCGUCACAGCCGCCUUGAUUGCCGAGUCGACAAAAACCCCAGCCCUGACACUGUCCGACUCUAAAAUCUCUCAGGCCCUUUCAACCUACGAUGCCGCCAUACGUUCGCUUAACGGCUUGAUUGGCGAUCUUCUUCGUAUUGCAAAGGAUCGCGAUGCCUACUGGCAGUACCGGUUGGACCGUGAAUCUGAGAUGCGGCGGAUGUGGGAAGAAAGCAUGGCACAGGUUGCCAAGGAGCAGGAGGAGUUGCAAGCUCGCCUUCACGAAGCCGAGCUUAAGCGCAAGAUGACCAAGCGCGCGCUCAAGGAAGCUGCUGAAAGUGGCAUGCUAGAAACAAGCCAGCUUUCGGCUACUACUGCUCUUGAGGCGCCGAAAGCUGCCGAAGAAAGGACGGAGGCCGUUGAGCAGGUACCCGCUGAAGCUGCAGCCACCAAGCCGUCCACCCUGUCACGGCGUCAAACCGCUCUCAAUCAGCUGGCCCAGAUUUCGGAUUCUGAGUCUGAAGACGAUGAAUUCUUUGACGCUGUUGAUGCUGGAGAGGUCGAGGUCGAGCCACUGCCUCCUGCGGAGGCGACGCCUGCUGCGGAAGAAGCCAAGGUAACCGUACCGCAAUCUGAUGUUCUUGACAUCAGCUCCUCGUUCAAGGGUUAUGAAAAUGGUAUUCGUACACGUUUGAAGCUGGAUGCGGAUAACCGGCCCAAGAUUAGUCUUUGGGGUAUCCUCAAAUCGAUGGUUGGCAAAGACAUGACGAAGAUGACGCUCCCUGUGUCUUUUAAUGAGCCAACUUCUUUGCUUCAUCGUUGCGGCGAAGAUAUGGAAUACGCAGACCUGCUUGACCUCGCCUGCGAAAGGGCAGACUCUUUGGAAAGAUUGCUCUACGUUGCCGCCUUUGCCGCCAGUGAGUAUGCGUCCACUAUUGGUCGUGUUGCGAAGCCCUUCAACCCGCUUCUGGGCGAGACCUUCGAGUAUGUUCGUCCGGAUAAGAACUAUCGCUUCUUUGUCGAGCAAGUCAGCCAUCACCCCCCUAUCGGUGCGGCCUGGGCUGAGUCGCCGAGGUGGACUUACUACGGAGAGUCGGCCGUCAAGUCCAAGUUCUAUGGCCGGAGUUUCGACGUGAAUCCUCUUGGUACUUGGUUUUUGAGGCUCCGCCCGAACCACGGCGGCAAGGAAGACUUUUACACGUGGAAAAAGGUCACAUCUUCGGUCAUUGGUAUCAUUACGGGCAACCCCAUGGUGGACAAUUAUGGGCCGAUGGAAAUCAAGAACUGGACUACGAACGAGGUCUGCCAUCUUGAAUUCAAGCCUCGUGGCUGGAAAGCCUCUAGUGCCUACCAGCUUACAGGUAAGGUCCUCGAUGCCAACGGUCGUGUGCGUUUCAGCAUUGGCGGCCGCUGGAACUCAAAAAUAUAUGCUCGCCUCACACCCGGCUACGAGGCCCAGGGUAUGGAUGAUUUCUCCGGCCCGGCAGAAGCCCCGCCUGGCGGCUCCAUCACCGAUCCAAACAAGGCCUUCCUCAUCUGGCAGGCCAACCCUCGCCCUGAGGGCAUUCCCUUCAAUCUUACUCCUUUCGUGAUUACCUUCAACCACAUCGACGAUAACCUGCGUCCGUGGCUCGCGCCGACGGACAGCCGGUUUCGGCCGGAUCAGAGGGCAAUGGAAGAGGGAGAGUACGAUUUUGCCGCAACGGAAAAGACCCGGUUGGAGGAGGCGCAGCGUGCCCGGAGACGGGCGCGCGAGGCCAAGGGCGAGGAAUUUGUGCCCGCAUGGUUCUAUCGGGCUAAGUGUCCGAUCACUGGGGAAGAGUAUUGGCAAUUCAAUGGCGAAUACUGGAAAAGGCGCGAGCGGGCGGGACCGAAUGGCGAUCCCCAUGUGUGGGAUGGGUUGGAGCCUAUCUUUGAGUGA